CGUAAAGCAUCCUGCUAAACAUUAGCUUUCUAUCUCGUUUGCCUGCUGUUUUUGUAGUUUCUGAGGUACGACUCUCAACUGAGUGAUAUUGAAGUGUUUUUUUCCCCCCCUUCGCCUGGCUGACAUUGAAUAACAAUCUUUUUUAACGGCAAAAGUCGUUCCUUUGUCGUUGGCGAAUAUUUGGCAUUUUUAAGCAACACUCAUUCACUUAAGCUAAUUUGCUAGCAUUCGUCAGCCGGUCGGUGGGCUAACGUAAUGUCUUACAGGAAAUCUUUCAAACUAAUUUGCGCAUUCGCCGGUGGAUCAGCCGCGGUGGUUUUUGCAGCCGCCGCUGCUGACCUUCGCGGCUAUUUCGGCGAGAGAAAAAGCGAGACGGGAGUACGCUUGUCCAGACUAUCUGUGCUUGAAGCCGCGCAGCCGGCUUGGACGGCGGCGAGCAUUACCCCACUCCCGACAGGACACGCGUGGGACGCCAACUGGGACAAGAGAGACCCUUCUACGCUGUCCAAUGGCAAAAAAAAGGAGAGUACAACGGAAGAUCCCAGCUCAGAGCAGGACAAUGGCAAACCUAAAGCCACACGCAACAUCCUUCUCAUCAGACAUUCUCAGUACAACCUGAGCGGGAGCAGCGACAAAGAGCGCAUACUCACUCCUUUGGGCCGAGAGCAGGCCGAGUUGACGGGUCAUCGCCUCUCAGCGUUGGGAUUGAAAUAUGAUGUUCUGAUCCACUCCAGCAUGGCUAGAGCUACAGAGACGGCGCACAUCAUCAGCAAACACCUUCCAGGCGUGGAGCUUCUAAGUUGUGACUUGCUCCGAGAGGGCGCGCCAAUAGAGCCUGUUCCGCCCGUUACCCACUGGAAGCCUGACGCUGUGCAGUACCACGAAGACGGCGCACGCAUCGAAGCAGCCUUCCGACGCUACAUCCAUCGGGCGGAACCCAAGCAGAAGGAAGAUAGCUACGAGAUCAUCGUGUGUCAUGCCAAUGUCAUCCGCUAUUUUGUAUGCAGGGCCUUGCAGUUUCCACCUGAGGGCUGGUUACGUAUGGGGUUAAACAAUGGCAGCAUUACAUGGCUCACCAUUCGUCCCAGCGGCCGGGUGGCCCUACGAACUCUGGGAGAUGCAGGAUUCAUGCCUCCGGACAAACUAACGCGAACCUGAUCGCCCAACUUUGAUUGCUUCCGGGAUCUGAGUCGGAAUGACGGAUUGGUUUGCAGGGUCAGAGCUGAGUUUUCUCCUCAAGUGUCUUUCUACCGAUGUUAAGUGUUUAACUGCCGCUUUAUCUGCACGAGGGACUGCAGUGGGUGUUAGUUUUGUGACUGCAGCACCACCAGAAUAUCAUUCAGGAUUUUUAUACGAGAGCAGUUCCAAACCAAAAAGUUUGUGUAGCUGUAAAUAUUGAUAGCAUAGAGUAGAGAAGCAUUGUUGUCACUCUAAGCAGAGCAAAGAGAAUGAACAGUGCAGGGCUUUGGUUGUUAAAAAAAAUUUUUUUUUUUCAAAUGUGUUCAAUUUUUAAGUGUUUUGUGGUAUCUUAAUGUUCAAACAUCAAAGUUUGAACCGUCCUUGUGUGGUGUCAGCAUUCAUAUGAACCCGCAAAAAGCACUUUACAGGUAUUUGUACUGUUGUGAGCGAUGUCUGCUGCACCUUUUAUCAUCAAUAAAGGCAACAACAAAUGGCA